UGAUAUCAUUCUAACGGACUUUAGGAUAGGAACACGUAAUCUGCAGUUCUUCAGUUGGUUCUGAUCAUCUAUUACCUUGAGGGGAAAUAUUCAAACUAAAAUUUCUUCUAACUGAAUUUCAUAAACUUGUGAAUCACUCUAGCAAUCCACGUUUUUAUCAAGUUUUAGCAGAAUGGAAGUUGAGUUUAAAGAAUUAGCCAGUGAUCCUAAUCUUGUAGCGAAAGUUAAAAACUUUCACAAAUCAACAGAUGAUAUAAAUAACCAUCUGAAACUUGCUACUAACCCCGAGUUCUACGAGAAGCUUUCAAAUUCUGAUAAAUUGAAGUAUAACUUGUUAAUGUCAUACAGUUUGAACACACUGUUUUGGAUGUACUUGCGACUCGAAGGUGAGGAUCCAAUGAAGCAUGAAAUCAAGUCUGAAAACGAGAGAUUGAAACAAUAUAUGGCCCGGGCAAAACAAAUCAAAGACAGGAACACCAUAAUGCCUAGAGUAAACAGAGAAGUGGCCCAAAGAUUUGUUAGAAGUGGCCUUUGGGAAUGUAGAAGUGAUAAGGAUAAAAGUAAAGGGAUGAAGGGCCCAAGAAAAAAUACCACCUAAAAACUGAAUUUGUCAAUUUUCAAAGUACAAUGUGAGCUGCGUUAACAUUGAUCAAAUAACUUUGUAAAAAUUUGACUAUUUUUCAACAUUAUAAUCAAAUGCACGUAAGAAAAACUCAUGUAGAUCCAAAUCAACACCAGUAUGAUGAAUUUGUAUCCUUUGGUUAUGUUCUUCUAAGCAAAAGACGAUAAAUAUUAUCAAUAAUGUUUUUCUAAUUAACGUGUAUUCCAGAAGAAACUAUCGGCUCUGAAAAUUUUGCCUCAAUUUACAUUCUGUCGAUUAUAAAAAAACUUGUCUAAAUGACUUAAAAUGUCUAAAUAAAAAGAAAAAGAUCGAGGAGAUAUUUAUUAUUAAUCAUCAGACAUACAGAGGCACGGACAAAAAAAACUGAAAAAAUACAGUCUAUGAUAUAUAAAACAAAUUUUAAUUGAAAUGAAAUUAUUAUACCAUUAUUUUGCUCGUGAAACUUAGUUUAAAAAUAUUUAAAAGUAUAUCUGUUUAAGUUAUACUAUUGAAAGUUACAUAGUAAUACAUUCAUCCUCCAAGCUAUUAAAACUAGUGACUAUACAAUAUUAUUAUUAAUAAUAAGAAUAAUUUAAAUAGUAAGCUUAAAUAAACGCAACACUAUUUACAAGUAUAAGUGUGUACUAGGUUUAACUUAUUACAAAUGAUGAUUAAUAAUACUACCGUUGUUUCGUUUACACACAUAUAUUUUGCAUUUGAAGUCUCUAAAGCAUAUUAUUUUCACAACUAAUCGUUCAAGUGAUCAAGAAAAUAUUUAUAAACUAUAGGUGAAUGUUAACGUUAUGUUAAUAAGAAACGAUAAUUAAUCCUAUUUUUGAGUACUGUAAUUCGAAUUUCGCAUGUUUGAAAUUCAAUUCGAUAAUCAAUGCUAAUUGUGAUAGCUUGUCACUUACGUCGUCAUUAUGAUAUAUUUACAUUCAAUUCGACGCAUUGAAAUUUCAAAACACACGGAUCAAUUUGGUUUACAGCACAUUUUUAAUAAACUUACCGUAUCAACUUAAUUAAAUAUAAACUAUUGCUACAUUCGUUAUAUUGAAUGCAUACACGAUUGCAGUAUUUUAUAAUAAAUUACUUUUGUCAUCCUUAGAAUCACGCAUUUUUCAAUAAUUACUACUUAUUAAACAUUUGAAACAUCGACAAUUAGGCACGUCUUCUUCUUUGACGUUAGGAUGCAACAAAAUUAUGCUAAAACUUAAUAUAGAUCAACAUCUCAACGCCUGAGGUUAUUUUCAAAGCUACACAACUGAACAAACUAUUGCAAUCAUAUCGUAUACACUAGUUGCAUUCAAUUUAAAAAUAAUAGACCAAGUUCUUGUGGCAUAUACAUAAACGUAAUUUCUAGGUAAGUAAAUUAAACGGUGGUUAUCGGUGUACAAAUAUACACAAUUUAAACACACUAGGGGCGUGCUUGAAAGACACGCAACUACUAAUGUAACCAUGAGCAAAAUAAUAAGCAUUUGCUUUUUAUGACAGAGUCUAAUGUGAUCCCAAUCUCUGUUGUUAUAAUGAAAUGUCAAA